AGGAUCCGCACUCUUGUCCUGCAAAAUUCAGGAGUGUCUUGUGUGCUAAGACGAGCGUGACAGUACAUCUGAGUACGGGCAAGCGUGCGUGCAUGAGUGCGUGCAUGCGCGUGUGCAGCAGAGGCUGGGAGGCCAGAAGGCGCGCGGGCGGCCAGCAGACGACCAGGCCAGCCGCUCCACUUAUUUUGCGAAGUGUGUGUGGCCCCAGCCGGCCAGCCAGGGCUCAGGACGCACCCUGGGCCAGGCGACCCCCGCCCCUCGUGGCCCUUCGCAGGUGUCAGCGGGAGGCGGCCAGCAGCACACAGCUCAAAUGUGAUGACGUCACCUUCCCAGUACAAACAAACCGAGUGUCUUUUUAAAAAGCCAGUGAUUGUGGGGCUCGGGGCCAGGCUAGUGGCGGGCCGCGGCCUGAAGGGGCGCAGCGCCGGACACCUGUGGCGUUGAACCCGACGAAAGCGGUGCAGAAAGGGAUGAAAGCAGCGAGUUUUGAUGUUAAAUUAGAAGUCUCCAGCAUCUGAGGCAGUGACGGGCCGCGGGCUGGGCCGCGUAUGGAUCGAAGGAGGAGGCUAUGUGUGUGGCGGGCGGCCUGGCAACACUGGUUUUGAAAGAGCUGUUCUCGCAGGAUAUACACACUCCCAAACUCCGCCCAGCGCCCACCAUGGCAGCCAACACACCCUCUCGCACAAACAGUCAGAGACACUCGUGCCGUUCCACUCGUUCAAGCACUUACCGACACCAAUGCCACACCAACCGAAGCAGCACGCGAAGACAGUCAUUCAAUACCUCGAGAAACAGCAGCCACAGAGCAUCCUAUUACAAGAGCCGCCAGCAGACCCCCGAGGCGCCCCCCAGCACCGCCGAUGACAGUCAGCAGGCCGGCGGGAUGGUUCUGACGCCCAUGUGGGUGGUGAGACUGUCCGCCAGCCUGGGCAUCCUGGGAGGCGCCUUCCUCUUCUCCGGCGUCAGCGUGCUCACCAACAGCUUCGGCCAGUCGUACCCGCGGGGCGAGGGACAGGACAAGACUUCAGGCAACAUUUUCCUUGCCAUUGGAUGCAUGUUACUGGCGGUCUCGGCCGGCCUGGGCUACUACGGCUGUCGGAAACGCAAGAAGAAACAAGACGACGACGCCAGUGACAGCGGGAGGGUGCUGAGCUUCGCCCCGGCACUCUCCACCACGGCCGACAUGUUCCCCUGGCCCUCUACGCCUUCGCACCAGAACCAACCCUUCGGUUCACCCUACGCCACGCCCGCCGCCGGGGAACCCGCCUUCAACUCAGCCUAUGCUAAUUCCGGGGCAGAGCCGCUACCCAGCUCCCCGUACUCCACGCUUGCAGGAGAACAACAAGCCUUCGCUUCAGCCUCCUCCCCCAACGGGGAAGGCCCCGCCUCACUCCCGGGCUCCUCCUCCUCGGGCGCCGCCCCGGGGGCCUCGCCGCACACCCGGGUCGCCGCCGCCGGCGCCACCGCCGCCGAUGCCGCCACCGCCGCCGCCGCGGUGAGUCAGCAGGAGCAGCCGGAGGGCCCCGGCGAGGCGUCCCCCGCCGCCUUGUCUGAUCCAUCCCCGACCCUGUUCCCCGCGGCCUAGGCUCCGGGCGGGGCAGGAGGUGCUACUCUUCCAGCGUCCAGCGAGGCCCGUCAAGGCUUUCACUGGUAUUUCUUAUGUAGGAUUUUGUAUUACAUAAAAUAACUCUAUUCUUCUAUGUGAGAAAAAGGUAUUUGUUAAUUCUUGUUGAUGCUAACGAUGCGAUAUCUAUUUACCUCUCUGGGUUCGAUACAUGGAUAUUCAUAUCUAUAGGUUGCAUACAAUAACGAAUAUAUCAUAUAUAAAUCAUGUUUGAUGUAUAUGUUAGAGCGCCUGGCUCAGGGGCUGAGCCAGGCGGUGGAUCGCCCGGCGCCGCGGCCCCGACCUGAUGGCCGACGGCAGUCCCGCACGCCCGCACCCUGCGGGGGGCGGAGGCGGCAGUGCCUGGCGCGGGGCGGCGAGCAGAAGCCGCCGCGCCAAGUCUCACACCAGCUGAGCCCCGCCACGGAGAGAACAGCGCCCCGCCGCAUGCGACAGAGAAAAACACAAGACUCAUUUCAGAGUGGUGGCCAAGCCUUGAUGAGGUGAAACCUUAGACGAAGAGGAGACAACCUUCUAGCAGCACCCUGCCGAAUAUUUUAGAUACAAAAGUUUUUUUUUUUCAUGAAGCAAAGAUAAAAGAUGGGUAGUUUUGUAGCAUUUUAUCGUGCCUCGUGCUUGCCACCUGCACGUUUCAUUCACAGUCUGCAGCUCCAAAAACAAACAGGUUUAAAUUGGAAGAGUCGAGCUUUGGAAGGUUCCAAUUUUGUCGUCUAACUGUGAUGGCGCCGGGCACACGCGACGCACACUGUUGCUGCUCAGCGGUACGGGCGCGGCUGACGUGCCGAGCCUCGUGCUGAGCUGCGAUGCGCUGCGGCUGCCGGGCGACUGAUGGAGGACUUGGGUUGCUGAUGCAAUACAGACAAUCAGGAAAAUUUGUUAUAAGUGUGUUAAUGUGUAAGGAAGCCCCUUAUUUCCGGUGACUUUUUGAAAAUGGAACCAAAUUUUCAAAUUUAGGUGUCAUGUCAUUCCUUUUUGGACACGUUUCCAUGUUUGUUUGUGAGACACAGUGCCGGGCCCGGGACCCGGCGGGGACGCGGGGACGCCCGACACACAGGACUCAUCACUCCGUUCCCGCUCCACUCCGGAGGCAGCUUCCCGGCGGGCUGGAGACACGCGGCCUCCCGGUGUGGGAAGCCUUCAAUAUCUCCGUCAUACUAGACUUAAUUCUAUGCACACUGAUGAAACUUUCAUUAGUAUAAUAACCAGAAGCUACUUCCACUCUUUAACCAUCGCCAGCAGCGCUUCGUAGAGUAACGGCUGUAGACCAUAGCAUAUUUUCAGGCUUUGUAGUGUUGGGGGGGAGGGAGGGCGGGAGGGGGGUGGGAGAGGGCUUCACCAGCCCCAGGUGGCCCGUCAGUGGUCGCGUGCCAAAGCUACCAGUGGUCGAGGGACCGCCUGAACCAGCGUCCGUUCAUCCGUACACCUGAUAUUCACGAGGCCAAAUUAUGCCGAGCAGCGUCUCGCAGCCGCUUUCCGUUGUCUAUUUCGCCACAAUUAGUUAGAUCGGAGGAACAUUCCCACAAGUAUUAUUUGAUCCAUUCCCGACGUAAUUAAGGUUUUAAGUGCCAAUGUAAUUAUCGUAACGUUAACGGUGAUGUAACAAACAAUAUCCGACCACAGUAAUUACGACAGAGUAAAGCCGACGCCAGGCCACCAUGAUAUUCUAAUGCCACUCCCGCCCGUCGCGCCCCGAGUGUUUCGUGCCGUCGGUGCCACAGCCGCGGCCCUUCGACCCUGGCCCUCGCCGCCACCCUCAGCGAUGGCAGCCGGUAACCUAACUACUGUCUGUGCCUAGAUCAUCAAUGAUACCUUUCAGUGCCAAGGCGGGCAGGUGGUCCAGGUGUUGGGGCCAGCACGACACGGCAGAUAUGACCCACGGGAGGCGGGGCGCGCCGGUACGCCGGGGCUUCGUCCAGGCAGGCGCACACAGGGGACCCAGGGGUAAGCUGGAGGCGGGAAGAGAAAGCGGUUAAAUCACCUUUAGGGCUCACACUAUAUACUAGGCUCUACAUAACAUACGAGAAUAUACGUUUUACCUCAACUUCACAUAGCGUACGCAGCUUCUUUAGACACUUUUUUUGGCCCCUGGCAAGCGAGCGGCGCCGCGCGGGUCGUGCGGCGGCAGCGAUGCGCGGCUGCGGCUUUGGACUGGGCGGUUUCAGUCUUCCUUGGACGUGGAUGGUGACUUUAUUUCCCUUUCGCAAGCUGUUCUUUUUUCCAGGCCAGCUUCAGGUUAGGCGGCAUCAGCGAGUAUAGGCCAGGAGAGUCGAGGCGAGGGACUGGCGGGGCAAACGAAUGCGUGCUUGUGACAUCCUUGCGAGAGAGAGGGAGAGUUCAGUGACGUUCAUUUUGUGUAGCAUCGUUCGUAGAGGCAGCGCUCGCUCGUUCAUUUCAAGCUCAACCCCAAAAACACUUGCUUUAGGGGUUCACGCGUCCCGCCAGCCAGCACUAAAUCGAACAUAUCAUCAGGUCGGUAUUCUCAGACGCUUCCUCGUUCAUCCCACAUCAACUAUUUCCAAAGGCCGAAGAUCAAUCGGGUUCUCGUGAGUGCUUGCAUAGGUUCAUGGUACAGAAGAAGGGUCAAGCUACCACCAGGGUCACGAAAGUAAACCCUGGAAAUGCUCCCCAAACCCCUACUAAAGCCUCAUCAAAUGUGUUUGUUUGGGCACCGAAGCGUUUGAGAAUAUGGUUCCAGAGUGACACUCCACGUCUUGUCGACUUCCUGCAUGAGCUCAGCGUUCCUCUCUGCCCCCGUCACUCCCUCUCCAAGCCUCGCCUCUUCAGCAACAGCGCGUUUCUGUUCCCCAGCCAGCAUCAUCAUCCCCCGCUAGUGCAGGUUAGACAAGCGAAAACACAAACUGCCUGACCGCUAACACUCCCACCUAUAUAUUCAGCCCUUAGAGCCAGAUUCGGAGGGGACAAGCAUACGUACCACACCCAUACACGAUACAUACAUGCAUACAGUGUUAUCCAUCGUUACGUAGCCACACUCUGAGACGCCCCGGUAGCUUCUUUGAUUUCUGUUGACUUAUUAGUACCAGACGUGUUUGUUGAGGGUUGGCCACGCGCUGACUUGUGAUUUUAAGGAGAACGAGAUGCUACGUAUUGACUGUUAAGGCCUGUGAGAGGUGUGUUUGUGCGUGUGAGUGUGUGUGUGUGUGGGAGGUGAGGUGACUAGCGCGUGGGACCAGUAUCAUCAGCAUGGGUUCUAAUUAUCGAAGGCAGCAGCGGCGGCACCAAUCAAGGCGGGAUGACAUUCAAGGUAAUUGCAAAUGUGAAUACCGACAAAACUCCCACCCGACAAGCCUACCAGCCGACCAGCCGACCAGCGACGCGUGAACACCCCCGCCAAGCCUUAUCGAAGAGACUGUGGCCACGGAAAGCCUUGUUCAGUGGUGGUGCGAGGGGGGAAAGAAAGUCUCUAGUGAUCGUUAGUCUACGGAAAGAGAGGACAGCAUUUUGAGACGGGACAAGAGGAGUGUUUAGACCAAGGUAUUAUUGUUGGGGUCAUAAGUCAACGGAGAUAGAAAUAAUAGCAGUACUUUGAGACGGGGUAUGAGUGAAUUAUUGUGAAAAUCAUACUGUUACGGAAAAAGAGAACACAGUGUUUUGAGACGAGGGAUAAGAGAAGAGUUUAUAACCAGAGUAUCAAUGUUUAGAUCUUAAGGCUACGGAAAUAUAAAUAAAAGAACUGAGACAAAGAGAAGAAGUGAAGUGUUUAGACCAGUAUCAUUGUGAAAAUUAUAAGUUUACGAAAAAAAGAGAGAUAACUACAUUGAGACCGAGUGCAAAUUAAGUGUUUAUACCAAAGUAUUAUUGAGAUUUUAAGUCUACAUAAAUAGUAGAGAUAACAGUACUUUUGAGACGAAGGUAACAAGUGGAGUGUAUAUACCAAAGUCUACGGGAAAUGAGAUACAUAUAACAAUACUUUUGAGACCGAAUGGAAGUGAAGUGUUUAAACCAAAGUAUCAUUGUUGAAAUCAUAAGUCUACGGAAAUAGGGAACAGUAUUUUGAUACCGAAUGCAAGUGAAUGUUUUAACCUAAGUAUUACGUGGAGAGGAAAGAAAGGAAAAACAAAUACAAGAAAUAACAGUACAUUGAGACGAAGAGAAGUGCGAAGAGUGAAGUGAACCAAGGAAAGAAUCAGUGUAGAGAAAAUUACAUUUAGAAAAAAAGAGAGCAUAUAUCAACCCCAGCAUCAUUCUUCAGAAAAAAAAAUAUAUUAACCAAACUACCACUCUUGAGAAAAAAAUGUAUAUUAAAAAACACCCUCAAAUUAAAAUAAGAAAAAAACGAUAAAUAAAACAACAUGAAUACCAACAUAACCAUUUGACUUGAUGAAGAAAAAAAUAUAAAAGUCGACAGAACUAUUAAUAUUAUUCUUUGAGGCAACACAACACAACACAACAAUAGGAAUAAAAGACAUUACUUGACGUUGCCUAAGUGUGUUGCUGUACCUACCAAGUGUUCCCAGGGUUGUUAGUGAAGAGGAGGAGAAGGAGGAGGAGGAGAAGGAGGAGGAGGAGAAGGACGGUGAUUAUGGUAAUAAUGACGAGGAGGAGGAUGAUGACAAUAAUAAUAAUAACAAAUAAGAAUAAUGACAAUAAUAAAAAAAAAACACCAGCAAACACUAUAUACACACAAUCCUAAAAUAAUAAUAUAAAAAAAAAACAUUCCAAACAGCACUAACUCAUGCAUCCAAUCACUCGCUUCUCACGCACUAAAAACAAAAACAAAAAACAAACAAAAAGAAAGUCAUGAAUUAAGAAAAAAAAAUACCACCACCAACACCAAGUUAAUCUCAAUAUCACACUUCACUCUCGCUUGCCCAUCCAUCCAUCCGUCACGCCGCCGCUGAUGUGUCACGCGAAGCAAAGCACAAAGUGUCAGUAUUAUGCUUAAGUCCUGUCUGUGAUCGAGUGGCUACGUGAACACUGAAUUACCUUACUAGGGUUACUGGGCGUGUGUUUGUAAUGGUUAGUGUGUAAAGGAGGAACAAAGAGGGAAACGGUAAAGCUUGUGAGUAUAUGCUAGAGUUGUGCGUGGCCCGAGAGACUGUGAGAGAGGAAAGAAAAAAGAUGUGAAUGAAGGAAAUGGUACACUGUGGAAGAAGAAAAGGACAGAAGAGGGAAGACAAGUAGAAGACAGUAUACGGAGAAAGAGGAGGAAGAGUGUGAUAGGAGAAGAAAAUAUUGAAUGAUGGAGGAGAAGAAAAGAAGAAAAGAAAGAAGGAAAGAGGAAUGAAAGAAGAGAAGGUAAAAGAAAAGAAAAAUGCAGGAAGGUUCUUGUGGUGCGCGAAGAAGACAGGAAGACAGUAUGCAUGAGACGCGUUCCUCCCUGGGUUGGCGUGAAGACAGGAACAAAACAAGAAUAAUACACGAUCGAUACAGAAAGUUGAGAAUGAGGGAGAGAGGAAGGAAACGAAGGAGAGAGAGAGAGAGAGAGAGAGAGAGAGAGAGAGAGAGAGAGAGAGAGAGAGAGAGAGAGAGAGAGAAGAUGAAUAACAAGCGGACAUUGCCAAGAAUAAAUUUUGAAAUCCGAGAGAAAAAAGAUUAGUUUAAUUUGCGUUUUGAUAAGAUUAACUGGAAAGAGGAUGAGAGAGAGAGAGAGAGAGAGAGAGAGAGAGAGAGAGAGAGAGAGAGAGAGAGUGUGCAUUGUGUUUGUGUGUGCGUGUGUGUGUGUGUAGGGGCGCGCGCAUUAAAAUUAUCGCGCCAUAUAUAUAACAGUGAAGGAGGAGGAGGAGGAAGAAGAAGAAGAAGAAGAAGAAGAAGAAGAAGUAGAAGAAGAAGAAGAAGAAGAAGAAGAAAAAGGAGGAGGAGGAGAAGAAGAAGAAGAAGAAGAAAAAAAAGAAGAAAAGUUAGAGAUAGAGUGAUUAAAGGUGACAGCACAGGUAAUGAGUAAGUGCGAGUGAGUCAGAGUGAGCGCCUUAUAACAGGUAACCAAUCAACUCACUCACUCACUCACUCACUCACUCACCUCACCUGAGCUCACCGCAAGAAAAGACAAUCUCAUGAGUGUUCCCGUUCACACGCGUCCCUCGUUUUCUUUCCCUUUAGUAACUGUUCACCUUACAUUAUAUAAAAAAACAAAAACAUGAAGAAUAACAACAGAUUGCAUUUGUUCUCCUCGUCGAUGUUCCACUCCAUAUGUUAAUAAGCUAAGUUUGGUGUGUGUGUAUGUGUGUGUGUAUGUGUGUGUGUGUGUGUGUGUGUGUACGUUACCUGUAUAGCCCACACACAAUACACGUACUGUACUUAUACCAACUCCUCCUUCUCCUAAUUCUUGUGUUCACGCACCUAAUAAUAAUAAUAAUAAUAAUAAUAAUAAUAAUACCAUACCAUAGCCGUUGCUGAUUGUUGCCUUAAUCGUGUACUAACUGCUACGUCUGUACUAUAUUGUAUGGUUAUUCACAUACACUAUUCAUUAAUAAAUUUUCCACAAAAGACCUCGA